CCUUGUGCCCGAAGUGCAGCUUCUCCACAGAGAUUGCAUGGUUCCGCUACCACUUACACCCCAACUUGGCACACCUCGCCUUUGCAGCACAUCGUCUGCUUGCAGCACCUCUGGUUCUGAGCCGAUCGGCGUGCCAGGCUGAAGUACGUUGCUGCUCCCCUCUGUUGCCUUUCCCGGUGUGGAAGCUUGCCUGACAAGCGGAAAGAGGGACAGACGUGAGCGCACCUUGCUAUCCGCCGGACCGGAUCAAGCUCGAACAAAGACUGGCAUACAGAGCUUCAUACCUCUGCCCACUCAGCAUAUCUGCCUAAGCGGAGUCAAGUCGAAGUGGACACUGAGGCAGCAAAAGGUCAAGCCUGGCUGCACACCACCAGGCCAUGGCACAAGAGCAAGACCAGAGCGCAACACAUGCCAUUGCACAGGCGGCUGCGAAUGGCAGCAGCAGCGGCAGUGGACCGGAGACAGCCAGCAGAGCUCUUGUACAUGACAGCAACCCCCUCGCUGCGCAGCAGACAGCACAGCAAGAAGACGAUCCCACAUCCGUCUUGGCAGGCUUCAAGCUGGAGCGCGUCCUAGAUCAAGAUGCCAAAACCCGCAGUGCCGUUCUAUUGGGAAGCUUUGCGCCGCAACAAGCUGGAGGAGAAGAGGAAAAGGCCGUAGUCCUGCUGGAAAAGACUCACUUUGAGCCGGCCUUCUUCGAGCAUCUGGGAGAUGUGGUAGAGGGAGCUUCGACCGCCUCGACUUCGAAGUCGCUGCAGCACCUAUCCAAGCUGGUCCGGCUGGGCCAGAAUGACGUGUACAAUUGGCUCAUGGCCUGGCGCUCCGAGGGUCACACCACCUCCGUCCCCGCGGACAUGAAGAUCAACGUCAUCCGUCCUGCCACGCCUGCACAUAUCAGCAAGUACGAGCGUCAGGAGAAGAUCCUUGUGCGGGAGACGCCAGAGAUGUACGCUCGUCUUGUACGACCUUGGAUCGAGGGACAGCCGGCUGCGAGGAUCAAUUGGGUGUACAAUAUCCUCGAAGGAAAGAAGGAGAAGGAGAAUGUUCUUUUUAGGGACGAGGAUCCGGUGACGGGUUUCGUGAUUCUUCCAGACCUAAAGUGGGACCGACGCACCCUCUCCUCUCUCUACCUCAUAAGCAUAGUGCAAGAUCGUUCUCUCCGCUCUCUCCGUUCCCUCUGCGUCGCCCAUAUUCCCCUCUUGCGCAAGAUCCAAAAAGGAGCAGCGCAGGUAGCCCAUGAACACUUUGGUCUGGGAGCCUCACCGGAGGAAGCUAGUGGGAAGCUGAGGUGCUUUGUGCAUUACCAACCUUCCUACUACCACUUGCAUGUGCAUGUCCUCAGCGUUGACUAUACCUCGCACCAGGGAGCCAUUGUGGGGCAGGCACACUUGCUGGAUGAUAUCAUUGAUCUAUUACAGAUGGGAGUCAAGUUUGAGGAGAGGACGCUGGGGUAUGCGAUUGGAGAGAGGCACGAAUUGGUGGGUGUGCUGAGGGAGGCGGGCAUACUGGGAUCAGCAGCGGCGGAAGGAUCUACUCAGGCGGAAUCGUAG